AAAUGGCCGACUAGUGUCAGUGUUGCGCGCGAUUCGAGACGCACGCGCAUGUCGCGAUCGCGUACGAUAUUCAAUAAUAAACGAGAAUUAACGAAAUUAACUUCCGAAUAGUUUUUAAACGAAUACGAUUUAUAUAUAUUUUUAAUCUGUGCAGUGACAGUUCUUGUGAUAUUACAGUUGUUUUUUUUAAUACAAUUUCAGCUUAGAACAAGUGUAUUGUUAGCUUUGUUGACGCGAAACAGCUGUCAAAAUAUUUUUCACUUUAUCAAGGUAUUUUUAUCAUUAUUGGAGUAACUAUACGAGUUAACAACCGAGAGUGAGGAGAUCAAGUAUUGAAGAAUUAAGAUCGACCUACAAAGCUCAUGGUGGUAUCGACGAAUAUGACAUGAGAUUGGGCUGAACAGUGGGGAUGAUGGCGCGCAGUUGAAUUUAAAAAUGUUACUGUGUGUGUGACAAAUUGAAAAUGGCAAAUAAAGUUAAAAACAAUCACUACGUGGCGACGCACCGUUCGGGGAUCGAUUCGCCCUCGUCCGGGGGCUACUUGCAUCGUUCGUCAAGAGAUGAGAACGACAGCCACCGAGCGCCCUCUGAGAGGACGCUUUCAGAAUAUACGACGAUAGACGAGAGGACCCGUUCUCCUUCUGGUGGCGAGCACAGGAAUGGUCGACGGCAUCCCACCAAUGGAUCACCAAGGGACUCCGGCUCAGAGGUCUACGUCACCAGCGCUGCCUACCGACCGCCCUCUGAAAUUAGCCGACAGUCAAGAGCACCACGUAGCGUUUACUCAUACAGAAGCGCAGUGGCGCCAUCUGUUGCCUCCACACAUCGCUCCAAAGUAUCCAGAAAGGCUGGAGUGAAAGUGGAUGCGAUGGCAGCUCCAAACCCAUUCUGCCCGAAUGUGAAAGGCAUGUGCUGCCUCAUGCUGCUGCUGAACCUCGGCCUCAUCCUCGUCACGCUCGGCUUCGUCAUCGUGCUGCAAUUCUUUGAACCGCUCUUCGUUUGGAUCCUGGGUAUAGUCUUCCUUAUAUUCGGUUUCAUCACGCUCGUGGGCAGUCUCAUAUACUGCGUAGUGCUUUGUCGAGAGAACCCGUAUCCGCGCUACCCGGACGACUUCUACUGGACUCACCACUGGUCCAAAACUAUUGGACCUUCGGAAAUCCACUACAGUGCUAGUGAAAAACAUUACAGACAAAAUGGACACGAUAAAUACAAUAAAUAUAACGGCGGUAAAUAUUCUGAUAGGGAAAGUGCAAAGGGAUAUUCAGACAGAGAGAGUAAAUUAAGCAGGUAUUGAUUUUAACGAAUACAAAAAUGGCGCGAACAUUUUGUACGUUUGACAGAUUUGUGAAGAUAAUAAAGAAAUUUUAGAACAGCUUUACUAAUUAAGGCCUAAAAUAUAAAUCAUACAGGUUUUGUUCGUUAAUGGAAUUAUAGAUCUUUUUCGAAUUCAUGAAUAAAUACAUUGAUUUAUAUUACAAUCAUAUUCUAGAAGAUAUUUAAGUAUUAAUUCAAAUGUUUGUGUUUAUCAACACUAUUUACCAUAUUAUAUUUAUUUAUCUCAUGGACUAUAAAUAUGCGCUUCCAUUAACGUUUAAGUUUAAGCUUUUAUUAUUCAAUACUUUAAAUAAUUCUGAAAAACAAUAAUUUCAUUUAAGAGAAAAAAUUAUAACUCAGUACUUGAUAUUUUUAGUAAGAAAUUAGUUUACUUAAAAACUGUAAAUAAUAUUAUAAUAUGAAUCUCUAAAGUAAAAUGCCAUAUUAAUUUACCUGUUAUUUAAAAAAGUAAUAAAUAUGUAGACUAGAAACAACUCCAAUAAUAUAUAUUUAAUAUUAAUUCGAUAUUGGGGAGUUUUUGAAUUUCAUGUAAAUUAAGGAAUGUAAUGGAUAUUAUGUCAAAUAUUUCUAAUAAACGAUUUUAUUACUA